GGUUCCGGCCCGGGAGGCGGGCGCUGCAGGAGAUCCGCAUUUACCAGAGCAGCACCCGGCUGCUGCUGCGCGCGGGGCCCUUCGCGCGCGUGGUUCGGGAGAUCUCUUUCCAGUUCUCCCGCCGGGAGCACUACCUGUGGCAGGCCAUGGCGCUGCUGGCCCUGCAGGAGGCGGCGGAGGCGUUCCUGGUGCGCCUGUUGGAGGACGCGUACCUGUGCUCGCUGCACGCGCGCCGCGUCACCCUCUACCCGCGGGACCUGCAGCUCGCCCGGCGCCUGCGCGGCAUCGACGGCGGCCUCGCCUGAGC